UUGCUUACGCUGUUAUUUCGUUUUUUCGUGAGCCCUUUUUGGCGUUGUCUGCAGCAUGCCCGAGCCCGCCAAGUCGGCUCCGGCCCCGAAGAAGGGCUCCAAGAAGGCGGUGACCAAGGCGCAGAAGAAGGACGGCAAGAAGCGCAAGCGCAGCCGCAAGGAGAGCUACUCGGUGUACGUGUACAAGGUGCUGAAGCAGGUGCACCCCGACACCGGCAUCUCGUCCAAGGCCAUGGGCAUCAUGAACUCGUUCGUCAACGACAUCUUCGAGCGCAUCGCGGGCGAGGCGUCCCGCCUGGCGCAUUACAACAAGCGCUCGACCAUCACGUCCCGGGAGAUCCAGACGGCCGUGCGCCUGCUGCUGCCUGGGGAGCUGGCCAAGCACGCCGUGUCCGAGGGCACCAAGGCCGUCACCAAGUACACCAGCGCCAAGUGAACAGAUACAGAAAUCAGAAUAAAAAGCCGGAAUUUGUGAGAAAAGGACAGGGAUUGAGACAGAAGAUAAGUCAGAGGCAAUAGUCCAUUCCCAGAUGAAAAUCUGUAAAGACUAAGUUUUCGAAACUACGAUGUGGAAAAGAUCCCAGCUAAUUCUCCUAUUACUCAGAAAAUUAAACUUAAGCCGUAAACAAAUCAGGAGGAUGGGCAGCCGCUGGAACAGAGACUGUCUGAGUGUUCGUUAAAAGGCUGUCAUAAAAAAUACACAAUGAAAGCCGGUCAACUUAGUCUCAGAGAUCUUCAAAUACAAGUUAAACUACGCUACUGAAACUUCUCCCCGGCACCUUUCACAGAAAGGCUCUACAAUGACAGUCCAUGAACAAUGAGAAUUGCCAUCACCCAGGUUAUCUUUUCUCGACCCUUUUCCAAAGAGCAAACUCGACUAUUUGGAGAUUUAGUUAAGUGAUACGAAUUGAGACAGAUUUGGGAGACACAGCCAUCACUGGAAUCCUAGUUCAGGAAAAUCACUGUAAAAAAGUAUUUGAGGCAACUGAGGGUUGUGGUUUUUUGUUUGGUUUGGUUUUAAAGCACUAGAUAUUGGAUGAUGUUACAAACGAUCACUUCUGAGUUUUUUUCGGUGCAAGAUUCUUGUAUUUUGUUUACCUCUGUAUCUGCUGGGACGUCUGUGACAAUACUCGAGC